AAGUCAUCCUCGGCAUGGAUCUUGCGUGAAAACGGUUCGAAACGACGACCGAUGGCGACCGACCGACGGCGCUGGGACGCGCAGGCCGAGAACCUAAGCCUCCGCGCCGACCUCGCGGACGCCCAGUUUGAGCUUGCCCAGCUGCGCCAUUGGAAGGACGACGCGGUCGCGCGCAUGGCGUCGUGGGCGCCGCGCCGGCGCAAGCUCGAGACGGAGCUCGCCGCCACUCGCGCCCUGCAAAAGCGGUUGCGCCUCGUCGAGGCCGAGCUGCAGGACCGGUCGACGCUCAGCGCGCAGCUCGCCGACCUCCGCGAGCAGGACACGGAGCUCAUGGCGAGGCUCCUCGUGCUCCUCCGCGACAACGAGCACCUCAAGACGUCGCUGGCGGCCGAAGCCGACGCCCACACUCGCACGCGCUCGCAGCUCCAGCGCUUCGAAGACCAGCUCGGCGCGCACGUCGAGCGCCUCGUGGGCGUCCGAGAGGCGCUCGAGUCGGCGCCGCCCACAGACACGACGCGGGAUGCCGUCGUCGCCGCCGACGAGACAGCCUUGAUUGACCAGCUGUUUCAAUUGGCCGCCAAGAACGUCUCGUGGCUCGAGACGUAUGCGGCACAGGCGCAGUGCGAAGUAGCGUCCGAGGCGCAGCAGCAAGCCGCGAUCGCUGCUGAGAAAGAGACGCUCCUCAACGACGCGGCCCACCACGCGGCUCGGGCGACCGACCUCGCCACGGCCCUCGCCACGGCCGAAGCGACCGUCGAGGCACUGCGCCGAGAGCUCGCCGUCAAGCACGAGACGGUCGCGCUCAGUAGAGCCCACGUCGUACGCAGCGCAACGACCGCCCUCGAGGGCAAGCAACUGCUCGACUCUCUGCUGCAGCACGUCCGGCAGUAUCUGCACCUGCUGCAGGUCGAGGUCAAGCGCAAGUUUGGCUACGUGCCCGAGUCGGUCGCCGCGCCCGAGAUCUGGGCCCGCAUCUCGCACGACCUCCAUGCCUUCGACACCUUUCUCAGCGCGUUCGUCCAACCACCCGGCGCCUGUACCUAA